GCUGAUAAAAGCUUUGGUGUUUUUAUUUUUACAUCUUUAUUUAUAAUCUAAAUCAUAUAUGGACAGUAUAUGCUUCGUCUGGGUAAAUAAUGAGUUACUUUCAAUAAUAUCGCCACUGUCAACGUGUAGUUAAUAAAUACAAGAUUUCACCAUGGAAGAUGAGUAACUGAUGCCAAGGCUGCAUCUUGGUUCAUAAGGAGGAUGUCCUUCGAAAGCCAUCACAGUGGAUCAUCCAGUACAGGAGUUUUGGCCUCCAGUAACUCGUAUCUUGAUGGCGUGCCAUUCAAGAUUGGUCUCAAAUUCAGACCACCACCACGGUUACUGUGCUUGGAUGAAAUUAAGAACAGACCUAAAUGUCAGGCACUUAAUGAGGAGUACUUCUUUGAAACAGAAGAGGCAGUUCUGGCAUGGGCCCAGGCAAGAGCUAAAGCUAGAGAGGAGCAGAAGAAACAGGCUCAGUCGGAACCCGUCGACAGGAACGUCAACGGUGUGGAUUCCGACUCCGACGAUUCUUCCAGCACCGAGGAUGUCCUUGACUUCCAUGUUGUGAAUUCUGCCGCACUCGGUAAUAAUCAGUCAACGUGUUCCCCGGCGGUAGCUCCAAAAGAACCGAGCUCCCAGCCGCAGCCGGUGGCAGCGGCCAUGUCUGCCGAUAUCCUCACACCAGUGCCUAUCACGUCCGCCUCGGUCAAACCGCCAAGUUCGGACAGACAGGUUGUUGGCCUUGACCUUGCGUUGUUUGAAAAGGAGGAGGAUCUGUUUGACAACAUCGACCGGCAGAUGAUUAAUGAAAUGGAGGAGUUGAAGACGGUCCUGCAACCGCCCCCACCACCCCCUCCACCAUCAUCAUCGGGUGAUGUUAAUUUCUCUUGCAACAGCAACGUUGAUGACGGUGUGAACAAUGCUGUGGAGGCUGUGACAGGCAUUCCGUGUCCUAGCAAGAGAAGAGGUGACCAGUGCAAUGGAGUCACCGAUUCAGACUGUGAUAAAGACCCAUGUGCUGCUCUGCCCGUCACCACAAAACCCGUGCCGGCCGUCAGAAAGUCAAAAUUACCGCCAAACGUCUUCCCAGCUGAAGGGGAUUAUGUCGAACUGCGAAAGGAUUUCAGCAGCAGUUCUGUGUUCUUCAGUAAGUCAAAUAGUCAGGAUGGUGGUAGCGAUGUGGUUGAUAAUUCAGUUGUAGCGGAAAUUUUGUCGAAUAAACAACCCAAACCUUACAGCGAUGAUGCUGUGGAACACAGGCAAAACACUGGCGUUGCUACGGGUAACAUGAAAGAAGGAAAUCCCUCAGUUCAGCAGAACAGUUGUAGUUAUGAUGAUGUCGAUGGGGCUGGCGUUCUCGGUGGAAAACUGCCACUGCACAUGGCAAACAGUGGUGUGUUCAAGCCCGUACUACCCCCCAUACAACCGACACUCCCCCCUAUACAGCCGGCACCCCCACCCAAACCAGCAAGGCCUGCGCCCCCUCCCCCUGAACCCGUGAAUGUGAAGACUGCUAAGAGACACAGCCUGGUGGACUUCUUACCCCCCAAAAAACCUACACAACCAGUCAUAGCAUCGGAUGUCGCAAAACAUUCUGUGUCGCAGUCCGAUGGAAAUCCCGUGUUGCCAGCUCGUUUUAGCUAUGUAGGACCAUCUAGCCCAGCCAGUAAUAUCAUAGGAAACAAGUACAGUCGUUAUUCGGAGGGUUUUACUUCGUCGUCGAACAGUGACCGCGACAGUUCCAGUCCAGCGAGAAGUAAUUCGAGUAACUCGGACCACGUACAUUCCUCACCUAGUAAACAAGUCGGCUCCGGAUUAACCAUCUCUGUGACCCCGCCUCCCAGACCGUCUUCUCAACAGUCGUGGAAUCCGUACAAACCGUUACCGUCACCGGGCGUGGGAUCUCGCGAGUCGAGCAGCUCGGAUCUGUGCAACCCAACAGAGUUCGACCCGUACUCAGCACUGUCUGCCGACGAGCAGAAGUUUGUCGAUAACCUGACGGCCAUGGGAUUCUCCCGUCCACUGGUGGGAAGGGCAGUCGUCAAGCUGGGAACCAAUGAAAGAGAGGUUCUCGACUACUUGGACAAUGUGGACAAAAUGUCAGAGAAAGGCUUCAGUCCAGUUCUGUCUGAGUCAGCGUUACAACUGUUUGACAACAACUCUAAAAAGGCUGAGGAAUAUCUGACGCUGUAUACACAGUUCCAGGAACUUGGUUUUGGAGGUGAGAAGAUCAAAGAGGCUCUGGUGAAGGAAAACCUAGAUCGAGAUAAAGCUCUGGACAUCCUAACAAGCUAUUGAUUCCCACAGGAUAUUGAAUUUAUAUUUGUAAAUGUAACAAUCUGUUCAUUCAUGUGAAAAUUCAGCUUACAUCCUAACAAACUAUUGAUUCCCACAGAUUGUUGAAUUUAUAUUUAUAUAUGUUUAUUCGUGUGAAAAUUCAGCUCUAUUUCCUAACAAGAUGUUGGUUUGUAAAGAGAUUUAAAAGCAGGGUUGCACAGGAGUUGACAUACUACCUUUUGUAAAUGACCCAACAAAAUAUUGCCUGAAAAUAUAUCAGCUAGCAAUUCCUCAAAAUGACCGCAACAUUCCGCCAUUGUUGUCUAGCUAAAAUACUUGAUGAAAACCACUUUUUCAACUCAGAAUUCCCAGGCAUUUAAUUGAAAAAUGAAAAACUAAAGCUGCCAUACUCUCAAUUAAUCUAUUAUCUGAUGGUCUUUUAUUAUUCCGGUGAGUGCCAUGUACAAAAUGGCAGGAUUAUGAAUUGAAGGAUGCACUCUGUAUACAGUGUACAGUAUGUCAACUUGCAUGAUGUUGGGCGAGAUAUCUCGCCUGCUGUAUAUCAACAAAAUGCUGAUCCAGUUUCGACUAUAUUUGAAGGUAUUAUUAUUUUAUGUUUAUAUUAAAGGGACAUUCCUGUAAGAUGUUUCCGACUAAUAAAAUAUUUCUAUGAUUAAACUUACAUAUUAAAAAAAAAAUCUUGUAUACAAUAUCAGUGUC